AUGGCCACUUCUAAAAUGCUCCCAUUUGUUAUUCAUAUUCUUGUUCUGUUUUCCCUUUCUUUUGAGACAGCGAUAUCAGAAAGUAGAGAGGGAAGAGCCCUUGUCAAGUGGAAGAACACCUUAUCCAAUACUCAUGAUGUUCUUCAUUCAUGGUCCAUUGCUAAUCUUGACAACGUUUGCUGGAAUUGGAUGGGUGUUACCUGCAGCAAUGCUGGAGUUGUUUAUGAGAUAAAGUUGGAAAAUUUGAACCUGUCAGGUACACUUGAAAGCCUUGAUUUGAUUUCAUUUCCUAAUCUCACCCACUUUAGCCUCUAUAGAAACAACUUCACUGGAUCAAUUCCAUAUGCUAUUGCUAACCUUUCGGAGCUAAGGUCUUUGGACCUCAGUUGGAACUAUUUUCAAAAUGUUAUACCAACAGAUAUUGAAAGGUUAACAAAGCUUAGGUCCUUGUACCUUGGAGAAAACAAUCUCAUAGGUAAUAUCCCCUCCCAAAUAUUCUCCAAUAUGAGCAAGCUUCGAUAUUUCGACUGUGGCGGCAGUAAUCUAUUCCAAGGGCCAUUUCCAGGAAAUUUAGUGAAGCUAUCCACGCUUAAAGAACUUUCAUUAAAUGAAAACCAAUUCUCUGGUUCAAUACCUCCUACAAUUGGAAAUCUAAGUUCACUAAGGAUUCUGGAUCUCAACGACAACAUGUUGCAAGGAACUAUUCCUCAAACACUAUGCAAUCUUCACUCUCUUGAAUAUCUCGUUUUAUCUAAGAAUUGUUUUGAUGGUGUAGUUCCAAAAUGCUUGGGAAAUGUAACCUCAUUGGUAUCUCUUUCUCUUUCUUCUAAUAUCUUGCAAGGAAAUAUCCCUAAAACAUUAUGCAACCUUCACUCCCUUCAAACUCUCUACCUCGAUAGUAAUAGGUUGAGAGGUCUAAUUCCACCAUGCUUAGGCAAUAUAACAUUACUAAGUUUUCUUUCUCUUGGUUACAACAUCAUGCAAGGGAAUAUUCCUCAAACACUAUGCAAAAUUCACUCCCUUGAAAGUCUCCUCUUAGAUAGCAAUAGUUUGGGAGGUUUGAUUCCACCCUGUCUAGGAAAUGUAACCUCACUAAGCUAUCUUUCUCUCAGUUCUAACUUCCUACAAGGAAAUAUUCCCAAAGGACUAUGCAAUCUUCAACAGUCCCUUGAAGUGCUCAUUUUAUCCAACAAUAGUUUGGAUGGAUCAGUUCCUCAAUGCCUGGGAAAAUUGAAAUUGUUGACAACUCUAAUUGUUUCUAAAAAUCAACUUCAAGGCAUGAUAACUCCAACUCCAACACUUAGAAAUGACACAAAUCAAACAACAAAUUCUAGUUUGAUUUAUGGGAGGGAUACAUGGUUUUGUGGUUUGAGUUCCUUGAAAUUUCUUGAUCUGUCAGACAACAAUUUACAUGGUUCACUACCUCAGUGUUUAGAAAACUUCAGCAGGGAACUUGUGGUUAUUAAUUUAGCCAGAAAUCAACUUCAAGGAUUUACUCCAGGAGUUUGCACAAACAGAAACAACUUGGAGUAUUUCAAUUUGAAUGGCAAUCAGUUGGGAGGGUCAUUGCCUCGAGACUUGAUAAAUUGCAACAAGCUUAAAUUUAUUGAUCUCGGAGACAACAUGUUACAUGAUUCAUUCCCUCAUUGGUUAGAUACUCUUCCUGAUUUGCGGGUACUUGUGCUGAGAUCUAACCAAUUUUAUGGUGAAAUAUGCACUUCUAACACUACACUUCCAUUCCAAAAACUGCAUAUAUUUGAUAUCUCAGACAAUGAGUUCACUGGUCCUUUGCCAAGAUAUUAUAUGGAGAACUUUGAAGCCAUGCAGCAUACAAAUGAUGAUGGGACACUAUCAGCUUUUGAAGCUUCAAUAAGCUUAGUUUGGAAAGGGGUAGAAGUUCAAGUGGUGCAUUAUGAUAUCUUCACACUCCUUGAUUUAUCUAACAACGACUUCCAUGGUGAGGUUCCAAGAUCUUUAGCAAAGCUUCGCUUCAUUCGGUUUCUCAAUCUUUCUCACAAUCAGCUCACAGGCAAUAUUCCAUCAUCAUUGGGAAAUUUGACCCUCCUUGAGGUAUUAGAUCUGUCAUGUAACCAACUAGUGGGUAACAUUCCCAUGCAGCUUUCAAGAUCAUUAACAUUUCUAGCUGUAUUCAAUCUUUCUUAUAAUCAUCUCUCUGGUCCUAUACCGCAUGGCUCACAAUUUAACACAUUUGGGAAUGAUUCCUAUUUGGGAAACAUGGCUCUUUGUGGACUACCCCUCACAUUAAAAUGCCAAGACAAGGGUGAAGGGAAAGCAUCAAAUGAUAAGGAUUCACAACAUUUUGGAAGUGGACUUGGCUGGCAAAGUGUUAUAAUUGGAUACUGUUUUGGCGCACCUGUUGGUAUUUCCAUAGGAUAUUUUUUAUUCAAGCAUGGAAAUUUUGGAUGGCUUAAAAGGUGGAACAAAGACUGGAGGCUAUACAAUUUGCCUAACGCUAAUGAGGUGGCUGCACUUAUUGUCUUGGACCUAGAUCCAUCAAUGGGUGAUCUAGACAUAUUGUACCCUUUGUUGUUCCCAUAUGGCGAAGAUGGUUAUCCUGAAGAUAUUACAUUUUCUGAUGCAUGGCGCCAAGGACAUCAUGGUGGUAGGACAAGAAUUACCCCUAAAGAGUAUUUCUCGUUCUAUAUACAUGAGAAGGUAAAUGAGAAGCAUACAUUGUUGUAUUCUAGGAGAUUAUUUCAACAAUACUUGGUUGAUGCAUAUACAAUGAUCGAAUAUGCACGCAUGAUCUACAUUAGAACUCAUCAGAAUAUGUUGCGGUGUGAAGCUUAUCAGGGGUUGAGCAAUGCAUUAACAAGGGGCAAAUUAGAUCCCACAGCUCGGGGCAAAAGAAUUAUACUACCAUCAUCAUUCACAGGUGGAGCUAGGUAUAUGAUUCAAAACUAUCAAGAUGCAAUGGCAAUAUGCAGUCACAUCAGUUAUGCACAUCUGUUCAUAACAUUCACAUGCAACCCAAAGCGGUAUGAGAUCGAGCGGUAUGUUGCACAGCGUGGCCUUAAAGCAGAGGAUAGACCCGAUAUUGUUUGUCGCGUGUUUAAAAUGAAACUUGAUGCUAUGAUUGAAGAGAUCAAAACAAAAAAAGCUGUUUGGCGACAUAUGUAG